AAUAAAUUGCAUACAUGCGGGGUUCCGGACCGGAUGCCAUGUCGUCGACUGACGAGUGGGACGACGACCACUUCCGGGUCACGGCGGAGAAGAUGAGCGAACCCUCUGUUGAGGGUUGCUACGACUCAACCUUUCCGUACGAAAGUUGCCGCAAAAUGAGGUCUGAUCGUUCCGUGGGUGACACGUAUUCCAUCAUCACGGAGGAUCCUUUCAUGAAAGGCGAUUGCGCGGAAAUCAGCAGCCGCAUGAACCGGAAGGAUCCUCUCGCGAAAGUGCUUCCG